AUUGCAUGAGUGUAUCUCCUCCCAUUUGAACUUUGGAAACACUCUGCCGUAGUAAAGCGUUCCCAACAUGUGUAGUCAUUCUUUCUGUUCUACCCCACGAUCGCCUCUCAAACUGUGCUCUUCAGGAGCGAUGCUGCUGUUGUGGAUAGCAUUAUCUCUCACCUGGCCUGGCACAAUUGGCUUUACGAUCCAUAGCAUGAAGGAAGGUCUGUGUCUAGAGGACUCGUAUGAAGGAGCUGCUGAGUUAAAGACAUGCAGUCUGGACUCAGUCCUGCAGCAGUGGAAGUGGACAGAUCACUGGUUCCUAGUAAACACAGGAACCCUGAGGUGUCUCUCUGCCGUCCACACUGACCCAGUCCAGACUAUCGCUUGUGAUUCGAGUGAACAUAUCAAAUGGCAGUGCAAAGCUCAACAGCUCAUCAGCCUGCAAAACUCUCUGGCAUUGAGCACAGAGAAAGGAAAACUCAGACUGAACACGGGUGAACACGACACAUGGAAAUCUCUGGAUGCGGGCGACAUCUGCCAGAAUAAACUGAGGUCCAGAAGAGAAAGCGAUUUAGAGACCGACGAGUUUGACUUUGCUGAAGGGCCGCCUGCACCGAGAAUGACAGAGGCACAGAAGAAGUUUUUACAGUGGUAUUACCGCACAGAGGACCCAACAACGUGGAUGUUUGGCAUGCUGGCAUUUGCUUUUCUGGGUCUUCUGAUUGGCGCAAUGCUGAUGGUCAUGGGCAUGAUGGCUAAUAGGUUAGUAGCACACGAGUAACACAUUGGGUUAAUA